CAGUGGAUGUAAAGAAAGUAGCUCAGACACGCUUACAUCUCCUUGAGCAGAUCCAUGGAAGCUAUAGGCUAUAGGAAACUGUAUGUCAUAACUUCCAGAGGAUUAUACAGACUAUUCUGAGUGGACUGCAAAAGAAAUAUACUCCAAAAUACUACAUAUGAAGCUGGAUAUUACUCGUCUGGACGCAUAGCCGCGAAUCGCUAGACAAGAAAGCAAUGGAAGUUUUUGGCAGUAAUUCAAGGGACAUGUUAUGGGAAGGGACAAUGUGAAGCACUCGGCCGUCGCACAACCCCCAAGAAACGCUGGGCCCGGGCGGAUAUAUCGCCAAGUAAAUCUGGAUUUACACAUCUAGUCCCCCUCAGUUUAAGGAUAUGAAGUUCGCUGGUGCCGUGCUGCGCCUCUGAAGAAUCGGCUGGCUGGAUAGAGGUGUUGAGCUAGGCUUGCCCGACAACAUUUGCGUUCUGUACUCGACGGGGAGCGACGCAGGUGAAGGUCCCAGCCAGUACAUGCAUUCUUCAAGGGUAACCUCCUGCACCUUACUUACGAUUCCUCCCAAGGUGUCUAACAUGAGCUAAAAGCUUACGCCGGCCUUUCGAUCGACUUUUUUCUUCUUUGGAGUUGAGAAGUCGUCUUGCAAAACAGGAGAAAUUGAGUCUCUUGGUAAAAAUAAAGAGGCAUAAACGAUGAAAGAAAAAUCUAAGAAUGCCGCCCGGACACGACGGGAAAAGGAAAAUAGUGAAUUCUAUGAGCUGGCUAAACUGUUGCCAUUGCCUUCUGCUAUCACGUCUCAGCUCGACAAAGCUUCCAUCAUACGACUCACAACAAGCUACUUGAAAAUGAGAAUUGUUUUCCCAGAAGGCCUCGGGGAAUCAUGGGGUCACGUCCGCAGCUCUCUGGAUAAUGUUGGGCGCGAGCUGGGAUCGCAUCUACUUCAGACGUUGGAUGGGUUCAUUUUUGUGGUGGCCCCUGACGGGAAGAUUAUGUACAUUUCCGAGACCGCAUCGGUCCAUCUCGGCCUGUCACAGGUAGAGCUGACGGGUAAUAGCAUUUAUGAGUAUAUACACCCCGCGGACCAUGACGAAAUGACCGCAGUGCUGACGGCCCACCAGCCGUACCAUUCGCACUUUGUUCAAGAAUACGAGAUCGAACGCUCUUUCUUUCUGAGAAUGAAGUGCGUACUGGCAAAGCGGAAUGCAGGGCUGACCUGUGGCGGGUACAAGGUGAUCCACUGCAGCGGCUACCUGAAGAUCAGGCAGUACAGCUUAGACAUGUCUCCGUUCGACGGCUGCUACCAGAACGUGGGGCUGGUGGCGGUGGGCCACUCUCUGCCGCCCAGCGCCGUCACGGAGAUCAAACUCCACAGCAACAUGUUCAUGUUCAGGGCCAGCCUCGACAUGAAGCUCAUCUUCCUGGACUCCAGGGUGGCAGAGUUGACAGGCUACGAGCCUCAGGACCUCAUAGAGAAGACGUUAUACCACCACGUCCACACCUGUGACACCUUCCACCUGCGCUGUGCCCACCACUUAUUGCUGGUGAAAGGUCAGGUGACCACGAAGUACUACCGCUUCCUGGCCAAGCAGGGCGGCUGGGUGUGGGUGCAGAGCUACGCCACCAUUGUGCACAACAGCCGCUCCUCGCGACCCCACUGCAUCGUCAGCGUCAACUAUGUGCUCACGGAUAAUGAGUAUAAGGGACUGCAGCUGUCAUUAGACCAGGUGACAACGACCAAACCGACUUUCCCCUACAACAGCACACCCAACCCAGUGACUGACAACCGUAGACCCAACAAGACUAGGGCCGCUCGUACCAAAGGCAAGACACGGCUGUCUCCAUACCCACAGUAUCCUGGCUUCCACACUGAGCGUUCCGAGUCGGACCAGGACAGCCCGUGGGGGGGCAGCCCUCACACAGACUCCACCUCCCCCCAGCUCCUGGAGCAGAGCGAGGGCCUGGAGGCCUCCUGCGCCUACCGCCAGUUCCCCAACGACACCGCCACCCGCCCCCUCUGCUAUGGCUUGCCCAUCGUCGAGGAUCACCUAGGCGAUGGCCACGGGCACGCCCAUGCCAACGUGGGCUCGUGCGAGAGGGGAGGGCGCUGUGAGGCGGGCCGGUACUUCCUGGGUAACCCCCAGACGGGCAGGGAGGCGUGGUGGGGGGCGGCCAGGUCCGUGCUCCCUAUGCCCAAGGUCUCGCCUGAGAACGGGGACGGCUGCGACGGCAUCAUGCCCCACAUCGCCUCAAUACACAGCCUGCACGCUCGCAGUCAGUGGGAAGAAGACAGCGUGGUCAGCUCGCCCGACGGCGGCUCGGCCAGCGACUCUGGCGACCGUUACCGCGGCGACCACCACUUCCGGACGAGCCCCACGGAGCCGAGCAAGAUGGAGACGCUGAUCCGCGCCACGCAGCAGAUGAUCAAGGAGGAAGAGAGCCGUCUGCAGUUACGCAAGGGGCCCCCGUCUGCCGAUGCCCCCACCCUGGGCCACGCCAACGGCCUCGCCAAGCCCCACGGCCCCUGCUUCGCCUCCGACCUCUCCUCCCAGGGGGCGCUGCUCUGCCGCGGGCCCGGCCAGCAGGCCGCGAGCCCCGUGCCCAGCCCCGUUCCCCUCUCCCGGCUGGGCAGCCCCGGCCCCGAGUGCCUGGCCAAGCCCAAAGACUACAUGCAGACUGAGCUGUCCCCCCAGCACCAGGCCACGACCCACCUGCACCACCACCCCCAUCAGCACCCGCACCACCCAGCGUCCCAGCUGCCCUACCCGAGCUCGUGUGCCGCCUCCCCGACGCCGGCGCUGUAUCCCUCGCACCCGCGGCCGUACCUGGACAAGCACGCGGCGUACUCGCUGACGGGCUACGCGCUGGAGCAGCUGUACGACGCCGACGCGCUCAGGGGGUACUGCGGGGGCACCUCGCCCUACGAGGUGGCGUCGCACCUGCGCAUGCAGGGCGCCGAGCAGACGCCCGGACACAAGGGCACGUCCGUCAUCAUCACCAACGGGAGCUGACGCCCUGCCUGAAGGGGGAUGGGGGGCUCGAGGUGUUGGGGGGAGGGGAGAAACCAAUCACGGAUGAUAAACAGGACAAGAAAAAAAACAAGAACCCUGGGGUUGCACUCUUAACUCUGUGCACACAUACACACACACACAUACACACACACACAAACACACACAGCAGCCUGUCCCACCUGUUUGUAUUUAUCGUUGUUUUCUUCUGUUGAUCUUUUUGGAAACAUAGCCCAAUGAAUUGUGGGCAACUCUAGCAACCAAGUCGGUCAGCAAACAACUCUGUCAUAGUUUUGUUUUGUUUCUUUCUAUGUGAUUGUUUGAAUACAUGAGAUAGAAUUCAUGUGAAAUGCACUUUUUCUUUGCAGUGACAUGUGUAUCAUUUUAUCUCCUGAACUUUGUUUCCUUCUAUCACUACAACAAUCUCACUCUGUGUUCAGCUCAAAUGACAUUGUAUCAUUCUUAAAGCGCCACUUGACUCCUCCACUACUGAUGUGUAGCCAGGUAACAGUCCUGACUGACAGAUCUACUCCACACCUGUAGACUGUGCUGUAGACUCAACCACAACAAACGGAGCACCCAGCACACAUCAGCCGCUUUAAAAAAAUAUGCAGUUCUUACAGUCAUGUCUGGCGGCCCAUCAUCCCCAUAGUGCUGCAAGCAUCAUGCAGAGGCCUACUGAGCCAGUGUGCUGUGAGAGACACGGACUAAAGGCAGGGCCAUGGGGUACGAAGAGGUUACAUCACACCCACAGGCAGCCAGAGGGGGAGAAUGGACACUUGUUUAUGAUGGUAGAGAUGGGGGUCUGGUUAAAGGUUGAGUGUGAUGUAUGGAUGAAUGGAUGGGUGUGUGCUGCUUUCUGGAAUGCUGAGGAAGCUCCUGCUCAGGGGGAGAGGCUGACCACUGUCGUGUGUGUGUGUGUGCGUGUGCGUGUGCGUGUGCGUGUGCGUGUGCGUGUGCGUGUGUGUGUGUGUGUGUGUGUGUGUGUGUUAGAGGGUUGGGGAUGUGUGUGAUAUUGUUGUCCAGAUAGCUGCUGAAGGUGGAGCUUGAACCCACACCACGUCCAAGCCAGACCUGCUUACACUCUUCCCUCUAGUAGGCUAUUUAUACAAUGAUUAGGAUGAUUUUUCUUCUUUGACUUAGUUUUUUGAAAGCAGAAUUUCUUUUUUUUUUCUUUCAAAUUUAUUUAUGGUGUAAAUAUGAUGAGUUAACAAAACAAAAAAGGUGAAAAAAAUUGAAAGUGGAAAAAUGUAUUUAUUAUGUGAAUGAUACAAAUGUUUUCUUUCCGUUUUAAAUAUAGCCUAGUUCCAAUUAAAGUUUCCGUGUGUUUUUGACUACAACAACCAUUGUCGGUAAUAAACACAAUGAUUUAAUUUAUAUAAUCAUUUAUUUUGUUUUGUUAUAAUCAUUUAUUUAGCAAAACUGCUAAAUGGUCACCCUUUAUUUUCACCAGCUCACGAAAA